CAGCGCAGGAGGCGCUCGGGAGGGGUCCUCUCUCGCAGCCGGUUGUGAGCGGGAGGCCUGAGCUGGGAGGUUUAGCGGCUGUGGAAAUUCUUGGUGGCUGAAGCGGAGCGCUAUGGAGGAACUCGACGGCGAGCCGACGGUCACUUUGAUUCCAGGAGUGAAUUCCAAGAAGAAGCAAAUGUGUUUUGACUGGGGUCCAGGAGAGAUGCUGGUGUGUGAAACCUCCUUCGACAAAAAAGAAAAAUCAGAGACUGUGCCAGGCUGCCCCUUUAUCUAUAUCAUCCGAAAGGAUAUAGAUGUUUACUCUCAGAUCUUGAGAAAACUCUUCAAUGAAUCCCAUGGAAUCUUUGUGGGCCUCCAGAGAAUUGAAGAAGAAUUGACUGGCAAAUCCAGAAAAGCUCAACUUUCUUGCUUUUUGUCACUACAAGAUGCUCCAUGUUCCUGUUGUAUGUCAUUUCAUUUUUGUAGAUUGGUCCGAGUGAGUAAGAACUACCGAUCAGUCAUAAGAGCCUGUAUGGAGGAAAUGCACCAGGCUGCAAUUGCUGCUAAAGAUCCAGCCAGUGGUCGCCAGUUCAGCAGCCAGGUCUCCAUUUUGUCAGCAAUGGAGCUUAUUUGGAAUCUUUGUGAGAUUCUUUUUAUUGAAGUAGCCCCAGCCGGCCCUCUCCUCCUCCACCUCCUUGACUGGGUCCGACUGCAUGUAUGUGAGGUGGACAGUUUGUUGGCAGAUGUCCUGGGCAGUGAGAAUCCAAGCAAGCAUGAGAGCUUCUGGAACUUGGUGACCAUUUUGGUGCUACAGGGCCGGCUGGAUGAGGCCCGGCAGAUGCUCUCCAAAGAAGCCGACGUCAGCCCCACCUCUGCGGGCAUGUGCCGAAUUCUGGGGGACCUGAUGAGGACAAUGCCCGUUCUCAGUCCUGGAAACACCCAGACGCUGACAGAGCUGGAGCUGAAGUGGCAGCACUGGCAUGAGGAAUGUGAGCGUCAUCUCCAGGAUGGCACGUUCGCCUCCAGUCCUCACCUGGAGUCUCUCUGCAAGAUCAUGCUGGGAGAUGAAGCUGCCUUGUUGGAGCAAAAGGAACUUCUGAAUAACUGGUAUCAUUUCCUAGUGACCCGGCUCCUGUACUCUCAUCCCACAGUAAAACCCAUUGACCUGCACUUCUAUGCCCAGUCCAGCCUUGACCUGUUUCUGGGAGGAGAGAGCAGCCCAGAACCCCUGGACAACAUCUUGAUGGCGGCCUUUGAGUUUGACAUCCACCAAGUGAUCAAGGAGUGCAGCAUUGCCUUAAGCAACUGGUGGUUUGUGGCCCAUCUGACAGACCUGUUGGAUCACUGCAAGCUCCUCCAGUCACACAACCUCUACUUCGGAUCCAACAUGAGAGAGUUCCUCCUGCUGGAAUAUGCCUCCGGCCUGUUUGCUCAUCAUAGCCUCUGGCAGUUGGGAGUGGAUUACUUCGACUACUGCCCUGAGCUGGGCCGAGUUUCCUUGGAGCUGCACAUUGAGCGGAUCCCUUUGAGCACUGAGCAGAAAGCCCUUAAGGUGCUGCGGAUUUGUGAGCAGCGGCAGAUGACUGAGCAAGUUCGCAGCAUUUGUAAGAUCUUAGCCAUGAAAGCUGUCCGCAACAAUCGCCUGGGCUCUGCCCUGUCUUGGAGCAUCCGAGCCAAGGAUGCAGCCUUUGCCACGCUGGUGUCAGACAGGUUCCUCAGGGAUUACUGUGAGCGAGGCUGCUUUUCCGAUCUGGAUCUCAUUGACAACCUUGGGCCAGCCAUGAUGCUCAGUGAUCGACUGACCUUCUUAGGAAAGUACCGCGAGUUCCACCGAUUUUAUGGGGAGAAGCGCUUUUUUGAUGCGGCUUCUCUUCUCCUGUCAUUGAUGACUUCUCAGAUUGCUCCACGAUGUUUCUGGGUAACACUACUAACAGAUGCCCUGCCCCUUUUGGAACAGAAACAGGUGAUUUUUACAACAGAGCAAACAUAUGAGCUGAUGAGAUGUCUGGAGGACUUGGCCUCAGGAAGGCCAGUGCGGGGAGAGCCUGGUGCUCAGCGACUCCAGGAGGACAUAGAGAACACCAAGCUGGAAAUGCUGAGACUUGCUCUUGCGCGAAAUCUUGCCCGGGCCAUUAUAAAAGAAGGCUCACUGGAAGGCUCCUGAGGCUAGCCAAGAGCUGCUGUAGCCUGGCAUCUUUGUAUGGCAAUGUAUAUAAAUUUUUGAAAGAAUAAAAACAUUUUUUCCCCCUCAAA